AUGACCAACUCCAAUGAGCGGAAUGUAUACUUCGGGCCUGACUCGUUGAAGAAAUACUUCGACCCAGAUUGUCAGCCGCCCUUACCAUUGGUCGAGCUGCCAGAGUAUUUGAAUCCGUUUCACGAGGAUGGAGUUCGAAUUUAUGCCAAGAUGAUGACCAUGCACCCUGCCAACAAUGUCAAGGCAAUGCCAGCGUUGAAUAUGCUUGAGUCAAGCGUCGCUCCAAACAAGACCAAAACAAUCAUCGAAUACAGCUCUGGGUCAACGGUGAUUUCGAUGUCAAUGAUUGCCCGGGUUAUGCAUGGUGUGCAGGACACGCGGGCAUUUCUAAGUAACAAGACUAGCGAUGCUAAGUUGAAGCUGAUGCAAUUUUUCGGUCUGGACAUUACACUUUUCGGUGGCCCGUCACAGCCAGAGCCCAUUGAUGAUCGCGGGGGUAUUCAAAAUGCCCGCCGUAUGGCCACGGAAUCUGAGGAUAUCGUCAACCCUAAUCAAUAUGAGAACAACGAUAACUGGCAGUCGCACAUGCGAUGGACUGGUCCCCAAAUCUUCCAGCAAUUGCCCGAGAUCAAUGUUAUCUGCGCCGGUAUGGGUACUUCUGGCACAAUGACCGGCCUUGGAACAUACUUCAAGGGUGUCAAGCCCUCCGUCAUGAGACUCGGGGUCUGCACAGCGGCAGGUGACCGGGUCCCCGGUCCCCGAUCUUAUGCGCUGAUGCGUCCAGUGGAGUUUCCUUGGAAAGAAGCAGUGGAUACGAUUGAAGAAGUUGGCUCUUCUGACUCGUACAGUCUGUCUCUAAAGCUGUGCCGGGAGGGACUGGUAUGUGGCCCAUCAUCCGGAUUCAAUCUGCAAGGUUUGUUCCAGAUGCUAUCCAAACGCAAGACAGCGGGAACACUGUCUGAUCUCGCUGGCUCGGACGGGAUUACGCACUGCGUCUUCAUGUGCUGCGACCUGCCAUACCAGUAUAUUGGCGAGUACUUCCAGAAACUCGGCGCUGAGGAAUUCCCGCCUAUCCGCAACGAGCGUCUGGUCAAGGUUGACCUGCACCGGUACGACGAAGCCUGGGAGCGUGAUGCUCUCGAAGUCCUCCCCCAAGUUUACGGCUCUCCACGAUCCCUCGACCAAACCCCACUGAAUGAGAUUUCAAUGAACCCACUGCACCGUGUCCUCGACCUCCGUCAAUCAGCCGAUUUCCAAGCCUGGCACCUUCCAGAGUCAAUCAAUGUGCCUCUCUCCAGUGUUGGACUCCACACCAAAUCACCGUUUUCGGAUCCAGCUGUGCUCGAGGCGCAGUGGGUGGAGCUGGAGCAGAUUUUCGGGGAUGAGCGCCUGAUCUCAGAUCUUGGUUCGCAUCACCUUCUGGUAGUGUGCUAUGAUGGAGAUACAGCACGUGUAGCUACCAGCGUGCUUCGGGCCAAGGGCCUUGAUGCGGACAGUGUGCGUGGAGGCCACCGUGCACUGCGGAUGUAUGGCAUUGGGAGCGAGACUGCAGCGCGUGGGGUAUCAGUAUCGGCGGAUUGUUCCGCGAGCAAGAUGCCUAAUGCGGCGAUGGUCUGUGUUUCGGUCGUGCCUCCUUGA